AUGACAGCCGUCGCCCCUCAAAAUACCAUAUUUGAUGUCAAUCCCUACGAGGACCACCCAUCCUUGAGCCCGGUGGAGGCUGAUAUCCUUUGGGAAUACGCGAAGCUAAACCAACACAUCAAGGACCUGGUGGCCCAGACCCGCAGACUGAGCGAAGCUCCAGACGAGGGCAUGUUGAAGAGGUUGCGAGUGCUAGAAAGGAAGAUGGGCCUGGUUCUCACUUUGUUCAAAGCAUCAGUAUGGGGUGUGGUCAACGAGCAGGCCUAUGCAGACCACAGUGGAACGGCGCAAUCCGACGAACCGUCCGACUCUCUCAUCUCACAAUGA